AUGGAAAGCACUGCAUUGUCUCAUACGUACAUGUCUCUCAUCCCAACUGCAUGGAACCUUCUAAGGCCCGAAGUCAUCGAGAUCUGCCCGGCAGGGAGCUUCGUUCCGUGCAGGCUCCAUCUCCAUGCCCCCGCCCCCCGUUCACUCCGGUUCCUCAUACCCUCCCUCCAGCCCCAUCGCGCCUCGCCCCGAUCGACGCACCGCCGCUUCCGUUCCCGCGCCAUGGUCAAGCUGUCCGCGCCCACUGCCGUGGGCGGAAUGAUUGUCUUCGGCACUGCGUGCUCACUCCUCGCCAAGCUCAUCUACUCCGUGCGCGCCAUGGACAGCUACGGCAACGUCUCGCCGUACGAGAAGCCUUGGUUCCAAGUCCUGGCCAUGUUCACGGGCAUGUCUGUGUGCAUUCUGCUCGACUUGCCGCGCCGUUCACGCGCGGCAGGCAUCGCCUCGGAGCGGUCCCCGCUGCUGCAGAACUCCGCCCCGGAGCCCGCGCCAUCCCAGUCCGUCUGGAUCAUCAGCAUCCCCACCCUGUUCGACCUCUUCGCCACCGCGUGCGGCACCACCGGCUUGCUGUACACCACCGUGUCAGUGUACCAGAUGUUGCGCGGCGCCAUGCUGGUGUGGACCGCCCUGCUCUCCAUCGUCUUUCUCGGUCGCCGGCUCACGCGUCUAAACUAUGCGGGCAUCGGCCUGUGCGUUUCGGGCAUCACGCUCGUGGGCCUGGCCAAUAUCUGGGCCGAGGAUAACCAGCGUGUGCGCUCGGAUACGGUCUUUGGCAUCCUCGUCAUCCUGCUGGGGCAGGUGCUGCAGGCCGCGCAGGCCGUCAUGGAGGAGUUCUUGUUGCAAGACUUGCGCAUGUCGUCUGUGCGUGUCGUCGCGUGGGAAGGCGUGUUUGGCAUCAUGCAUUGCGUCUUUUGGGUUUUUCCCAUCCUCUACUUUUUGCCGGGCAGCGAUCACGGGAGGCUCGAGGAUACGUGGGAUGCCCUGUUCAUGCUCACACAUUCGUGGUCCGUCGCGGGCAUCAUUCUUACCGACAUGACUAUGAUGUUGUUUUACAAUAUUUGCGGCAUGGAGGUUACUGAUUCGCUCAGCGCCGUGCAUCGCGUGGUUAUUGAGACGUUGCGCACGCUGUGCGUGUGGUUGAUUGAUCUUCUCAUCUUCUACGUGCUUACGGAUGGUACGCUUGGCGAGAGUUGGACCCCAUAUUCAUACCUCCAACUAGCAGGGUUUGCCCUUCUCAUUGCGGGGACUAUCCUGUACAACUGGGAAAACCUCCGCGCGGAUUACCGCAAACGGCAGAAGGAGGCCGCCGUACACGUCCCGCUUGUCGACAAGGAGCCCUCCAUCCGCGAGAUUGAAGAUCGUCCAAUCACGGCUGUGCCACGACCCGGCGAGUAUGUAGAGCCGGUCUCCAAACCCAUGGCCGUCCAUAUCGAAGAUGGAUUUGAAGAUGACGAAGAGGAUGACGAGGAUAUUUCUGGAAGCUACUAUGGCCACACAGUAGGCAGUGUCGCGCAUAGCCCGUUUCUUGUCGCUGCGUCCGCGACCCCGUCCUCCUUUGUUGGCUCGUUGCGCCAGCGGAGCGGCUUCCAAACGAGCCCAUCUUAGACUGUCGUACUUCCUUGCUUCUUUCGCCAGAUCACAAAAUGUUUUUGCAACUACUACGAAGAAGUUUUGUUUGAUAUGUAUUAUCUGCGCUGGGUGCAUGUCUAGUACAAGUAAAGCCCGGCCCAUCAAUGGGCUUGCUCACUCGCGGAGCCCAGGCGAUGUCCCGACCCGCCAACCUUCUUCUCAA